UGUGUGUGCGAUUGUGGAUGUGUGAGUGUGUGUGUGUGUGUGUUUGGGGGAGUGACUGGGAAGCAGCACUUGUCUGAUCUUUGCAUCCUGUUGUGAGAGUACAACGGCGUGUGUGCUGUUGUGUGUGCGUGUUGUGUGUCUGCGAGGUGUGUUUGCAGUCAGAGCGAGUUCAAGUAUGAAGAGAGGCAAGAAGGCAGAGGAGGCGUCUGCAGAUGGGGAAAAUGACGCCGGCUCUGCUGCUGCAAAGAAAACGAAGAAGGCUAAGGAACCAGAGGCCCCAGUGCUGUAUGAGGAUCCUCCUGACAAAAUGACCAGCAAAGAUGGACGAGAUGCCAACAUGAAGAUCACCUCCUGGAAUGUGGACGGGCUGAGGGCCUGGGUGAAGAAGAAGGGCCUGGAUUGGGUGCGCGAGGAGGAUCCAGAUGUUUUGUGCCUGCAGGAGACCAAGUGUGCGGACAAGGACCUCCCUGGUGAUAUCACCUCCAUGCCCGAGUACCCUCACAAGUACUGGGCUGCCUCAGAUGAUAAGGGGGGUUACAGUGGUGUGGCCAUGCUCUGCAAGACUGAACCCCUCAAAGUGACCUAUGGCAUUGGCAAAGAGGAGCAUGACAAGGAGGGCCGUGUCAUCACUGCAGAGUUCCCCAACUUCUACCUGGUCACCGCCUAUGUGCCAAACGCCAGCAGAGGCCUCGUGCGCCUAGAUUAUCGCAAAACCUGGGACGUGGACUUCCGGGCGUAUCUGACCGAGCUGGACAUACAGAAGCCCCUGGUGCUGUGUGGCGACCUCAACGUUGCACACCAGGAGAUCGACCUGAAGAACCCCAAGGGCAACAAGAAAAGCGCCGGCUUCACCCCCGAGGAGCGCGAGGGCUUCAGCCAGCUGCUGUCGGCCGGUUUCAGCGACAGCUUCCGCGAGCUCUACCCCGAGCAGACCAACGCCUACACCUUCUGGACCUACAUGAUGAACUCCCGCGCCAAGAACGUGGGCUGGAGGCUCGAUUACUUUUUGCUGUCGUCCUCCUUGCUGCCAGGCCUGUGCGACAGCAAGAUCCGCAACAAGGCGAUGGGAAGCGACCACUGCCCCAUCACUCUGCACUUCGCUGUGUAGGUCGCUGUGAGGACAGCAGGGUUACUGCUUCGUCUGGCCGGCACCGUUUUCUUAAUAUUCCUGUUUCGACUCAGCUCAAAACGAUCAUGUAUGCCGAUGUGUGCACUGUUAGAGUGCAGCAACACCUGGUUGUGCAGGAAAGUCUCGCAUCUGUUGAAAUCUGUCAUGGAUGAAGUUCUGCCCAGUUUCACUCAUUCAGUAAAGUCAGCAGUAGCGUAGUUGUCUGGUACUUUUGUCUUUUUCACAUGAAAGUUUCAUGACACGAUACAUAAGGCCCAUUAGUCCUCUCUCUGUAAUUGAAUUUGUCAGUAAACACCUAAAUUCAUCUUGGCAAUUCUGUAAAAAUACAACACUAAAUACCAAAAGAUGUCUAAGCUGAUUUUCAACAUUGUCCUGUCACCAGCUGUAAACCUGUUUCAUUGUCUGAGACCCAACUCAGUUUUUUUCAUGUUACUGUUUGAAAUGAAACUACUGCUGUUAAGAGAAAAUGUAUUUUGUUGUAGCACAAGAACUUUUAAGCUUCCUUUCCAAUAACCAGUGUUACAUUUUUUGUUAUAAAACUUGGCCCUCUUCUCAAUAAAGACUGAAUUUAUAUAGAAA